CCGAACGCCAAGGACCAGUCCCUCGUGUACGCCGUCAAGGACAUAUCCUUCCAUCCUGUGCACGGAACCUUCUCUACCUGCGGCUCUGAUGGAACUAUCCACUUCUGGGACAAAGACGCCCGCACACGACUAAAAACUUUCGAAGCAGCCCCUGGGCCGAUCAGUGCUACUACAUUCAAUCGAAACGGCACGAUCUUUGCAUACGCUGUCUCGUAUGACUGGUCUAAAGGCCACAGCGGGAUGACGCCAGGACAUCCCAACAAACUCAUGUUACAUGCUUGCAAGGACGAUGAGGUCAAGAGGCGGCCAAAGAAGUAG